GAAUCAUGCAUACAAUGUGGAAAGCUUUAAAAGACCCACACAAAGUCUGUACUCUUUCGUCGCUUCCCCUCUAAAACCUCAUCUUCCUCCCAUUUAUUUCUCCCAUUCUUUCUCCUUUUUCUAUUUACUUAAAAUCCCGAAGCAUAUUUUCAUUUUCAUCAUCAUCUCCCCAUACUCAUCAAACACAUGCAUGCCCUUAUUAUAUGAUGGUAUAUGCUUCCAUAGAUUGAUCUAUAUCUUUAAUCAAUGGCGCUUCAAGCUCAUCAUCAUCCUUCACAUUCUUUAUUCCUCAAGAGUAACGGACAAGAAGCGGUUGAUUCGAGAAAGCGAUCGAGAGAAGUUUAUUCGUCGGCGGUGGCGGCUCCGAUGAACCCUCCACCGUCAAAACCGCCGCAAGUUAUUGAUUUGAGUGAGUUGUUCCAGACAGCGCCUAAUGUGGUUUCCACUGGUCUUCGAUUAUCUCAUGAGCAUUCACAGAAUCAUCAAGAUCAGUUUCUUUCUUCUUUUUCUAUGCUUCCCGGAGAACUCGCCGGAGAAAUGAAACGACAAAGAUAUGAAUUAGACAGAUUCAUUCAGACACAGGGUGAGGAGCUGCGGCGUACGUUAGCGGAUAACAGAGAGAGGCGCUACGUAGAGCUAUUGUGCGUGACGGAGGAGUUAGUGGGACGUAAGGUGAGAGAAAAAGAAGUGGAGUUGGAGAGAGCCACGCGAAACUGGCAGUUAAGAGCGGCGACGCGGGAAGCCGAGGUGUCCACGUUACAGGCUCAUCUCCAACAAGCCAUAGCGAGCCGCCGAGAAACCACGGCGAAACAGAGUACGAACGGAGGCGGCGACGGAGACACGGAGGAAGCCGUCGAAGACGCCGAAUCGGUGUACGUGGAUCCGGAGCGGACAGAAAUGAUCGGACCUAGUUGUAGGAUUUUCCGGCGGGAAUAUGCGACGGUGAUUGCAUUACCGUGUUGACAUUUGGUUCUUUGUAACGGUUGCGACGACGGGGCAGUGCGAGUGUGCCCGAUCUGCCUCGCCGUGAAAAUAGCCGGUGUCGAGGUUUUAUUUUCUUGAAUGGAGGGAUUUAUUGAUAGGCCCGUUAAGGCCCAUGGGUCCAUCUAGAUCUAGCAACAAAACAAAGACAACAGUACAGACAAAGGACUUUUUCUAAUGGGAAAAAUAAACUUGAAAUAUAUAUAUAUAUAUAUUAGUUUGAUGUACAUAGGACAUAGCCACAUGUAGUGGCAUUUUUUUCGUUUUGACAUUUUCGUUUACUUUCUUUCUUUUGGAAAUUGUUUUUUUGUUUGGAAAAU